AUGGCAAUAGAAACAAGAAAAAAGGCUGUAUUCCAUGAUUUCUUCCUCUCCAGCCUAGCACCGCGAAAAAUUGCACCUUCAUUGUCGGCUGGGAUAGACAGCAUUGUCGGCUGGGAAGACAGCAGCAGCGACGUCAAGUUCUUCAUCCAGGCCAGCCUCCCUGGGACAGGCAAUACUUGGAUGGCUGUAGGUUUGUCGGAUGACCAGACGAUGGGAGCAGAUGGUGUGACAGAGUGUUCUUACUUCCAAGGUACCAUGGCUGUCUCCAACUCUCGGAACGAUGGGAGAUCAAACAUUCAGAUUGAAACUGCUGGCGCUGUCAUGCAGAGUGGUUCCUACACUGAUGGAGUGUUCCAGUGUUCUUUUAAUCUAUCCAAACAAGGAAGCCUGGACCAAAAUUUGUUUGACUUGACCCGAAAUAGAUAUCUGCUGCUGGCCAUGGGGGAGUCUCUCGCAGCGUCCACUAUUAAGAAACAUGACAAGAGGCCAUAUGUAACAGCCAGAGCUGCCGACUUACAGAAGUUUGAGGAACUGUCCACUGGCGCCAUCCCAGACGCAUUCGUCAAGGCACACGGCUCCUUGAUGGUUUUAGCCUGGAUAUUUGCUGCAAGCCUCGGUAUCGUCAUCGCUCGCUAUUACAAGCCUCAGUGGCCUGAGAGCAAGUGCUGUGGGGAGAAAGUGUGGUUCCAGCUUCAUCGUAGCUUCAUGAUGCUGGUGUUGCUGGCCGCCGUUACAGCAUUCAUCCUCAUCUUUGUGGAUGUGAAGGGCUGGAGUGAACUUGGAGAAGAGGCUUCAAAGAAGGCUCACCCAAUCCUUGGUGUCAUUGUCACAGUUCUGGCAGUGCUGAAUCCAAUCAUGGCUCUGUUCCGACCCCAUCCGAAUGAUGCCAAUCGACCUAUCUUCAACUGGGCCCACUUCGGAGUGGGGACGGCAGCCCAUAUCCUUGCAGUGGUGACAGUUUUCCUGGGUGUGAACCUUGGCAAGCCAGCCAUCCCCAGCUACGUGACUUGGAUCCUGGUGGGCUAUGUUGUAUGGCAGGUCCUCGUUGAGUUCCUCCUCGUCUGCUUCAAGUGCCAAGCCGAGUCUAAAGAUCGCAGUGAAAAUUACCAGCUUGCUCAGAAGGGAAUGCCAGUUCAGAGAGAGGCUCAGCCAUCAAAACCACAGCAGGGUUCCUUGGCCCGACAGGCUCUACUCGUCUUCCACAUAAUUGUCAUCACCGCCAUCUCCGCUGCCAUCAUCGUCGUCAUCAUCAUCUCCUAGACAGCUCCAACUUGGCAUUCACCAUGCUUAUGGGCAACUAAAUAUCCUAUCAGUUUUCCAACAGAUUAUAUGUUCUUUUAUAUCCUGCUAAAUAUUACAGCUAUUCGAAAGAGUUCCAUCAAAUGUGUCAAAUGUUAUAUCCAUGUGUCCGAGAUAAACUGCUGAGGAAAUAUUAUUUAAGUUUGUCCUGGAAUCAGAGAUGAGAUGCCCCUGCAAGCGUACAGAAAUCCAUGCAUAUCAAGCCUCUCCAAAAGGCAUAACAUACCUUUCAAUGAGGUUCCUUCAGGUAAGAGUCACUGUUUCAGACAGUGUUGCUGUAUGUCUGCCUGUCAUGUAUGUGUAUACACCGAGCAUAUACUGUGCGUAUACGGCGAGGAUAUAUGGUGUUUAUACACCAAGAUGAGCCACUGUAGACAUCCUUUUUAAUCCAUACAAAUCUGUCUCGGGGGAGGAGCCCAUCAAAAGAUUUUCAAGAGUAAACUUUCAGAAUUAAUUCAAUGAUGUUUUUUUUCAAGUUAAACCAAGUUGUUUCAUUAGAUUAUUCCUAACUCUCAUAUAACAUAUAAUAAUGAAGAGGAACUAUCAGAGUUUAAUUCAUAUUUUAAUUUUGUGUAAUAUAUAUGUAUAAGGAGUCAA